CCAGUUGCAGAGAAAAUGGCCCUGAGUGAGGGCGCUGUGACGGCCCCGCCUGCCUCCUGUAACCACGUGACUGGGAUUCCGGUCCUGUGCUGCCAGCACACAGCCCUGUGCUUCUCCCUUGGGCGGAGAGAGGGUGGGGCAGCCCCGUGCAUCUCCCGCUCUAGGAGGGAGGGAGGGUGGGGCAGGCACGCCAGUGCGGUGUCUCCGCUGCAGGUGGUUGGGCUGACGCUGCUGGCUGGCGGGGUCUACUCUGCCAAGAAUGGGACAGCCACGGCGGCCCGCUUCAUCGAGGCUCGGCUGUGGAAGCCAUCCCUGGUGAGCAAGACGUCCUGCAUCACGGUGCUGGAGGCGCUGCAGCACCCCUUCCAGGUCAGCCGGCGGCUCCUCCGUCGGCCCCAGGACGUGCUGGAGGGUGUUGUGCUGCAUCCCAGCCUGGAAGUGCAGGUGCGCAACGUGGCCAUAGCAACAAGGAACACGAAGAAGAACCACGGCCUGUAUAGGAAUGUCCUGAUGUACGGGCCGCCAGGCACCGGGAAGACGCUCGUUGCCAAGAAUCUCGCCCUGAACUUGGGCAUGGACUACGCCAUCAUGACAGGCGGGGACGUGGCCCCCAUGGGGCGGGAAGGCGUGACCGCCAUGCACGAGCUGUUUGACUGGGCCAAUACCAGCCGGCGCGGCCUCCUGCUUUUCAUGGACGACGCGGACGCCUUCCUUUCGAAGCCAGCCACUGAGGAGAUAAACGAGGAUCUCAAAGCCACCCAGAACGCCUUCCUAAACCACAUGAAGGAUCGCAGCAACAAAUUCAUGCUGGUCCUGACCAGCCGCCACCCCGAGCAGUUACACUGGGACAUCCACGACCACAUCGAUGUGAUGGUUCACUUCGACCUGCCCAGGCUGGAGGAGCGGGAGCGGCUGGUGAGAAUGUAUCUUGACAAGUAUGUUCUUAUCCCGGCAACAGAAGGAAAACAGCGCCUGAAGCUGGCCCAGUUUGACUAUGGGAGGAAGUGCGAGGAGAUCGCUGAGCUGACGGAGCACAUGUCGGGCCGGGAGAUCGCACAGCUGGUUCAGUCCUGGCAGGACACGGCGUGUGCCUCCGAGGAUGGAGUCCUCACCGAGGCCAUGUUGGAUGCCCAUGUUGAAGACUUUGUCCAGCAGCACCAGCAGAGAAAUGCGCUGAAGAGGGAGGGGCCUGGGCCAGUGGAUGAGCACCCCUAAUCCUGAGUCCACAGUGAGACCACAACUCACGGAGCCUGGCCGUGGACCCCUCCCACCCCUGCCUUUCCGGCCCUGCACAUUUAGGAAAUGCUCCCCCUAAUAAAAGUCCCACAGGUGCCGCA